AUGCCACAUCAUUUUAACUGUUGUGUGCCCCAGUGUACCAACAACUUUAGAAACAAACCAAAUCUGGAAUAUUACAGGAUUCCCAAGUGCGAAAAGGCUCGGAAAUACUACAAAGUAUCGCUUAGAAACGAAUCGCUAAAGCUGGAUUCUUCCCAAACGAGAAUCUGUUCUGAACACUUCGAAGGUGGCCAAAAACUCAGCAGAAUUCAUCUGCCAACAAUAUUUCCAUGGAUAAAAGAGAGAAAAUCAAGGAGAGAAAUCUUUAAGCAUGACUUUGUGCCAAAGAAAAGGAAAGUCGCAUCAGUUGUUGUAUCUACUACUAAUACUGACAGCAGUUACUCUGACAACAAUGCCAACAUUGUAACCCAAACAACACCGACCUCGACUGAAUCACUGCACGAGGAUCCAUACUAUACGAGAGAAGUUCAACCUGAGGAAAUACUGAAUAAUUUUCGAGAAGAACAUCAAUAUCUUUCUAAACACACUCAAACUGACAUAGAUUUGGCAUCAUUGGAAGAGGUAUUGAAUGAGGUAUCUAAACUCAAAGAGGAAAACAAACAAUUGAGAGAUAAAUGUGACCAGUUAACAAAAGAAAACAAACAUUUGAACUUUAUUUCAAGUAAUAGUGAAGUUUUUAAUAUUGAGAAGUACAAAGAUAAUCCUGAUGACAUUGCAUUCUACACUGGACUCUCUGAUUAUGAAAUGUUAAUGAUGUGUUACAACCUAGUGAAAGACUCAGCUAAGAAUAUAAGCUACAAUUAUGAAAGAAUAUACUGUGACUUAGAAAGUACAAAACAACCUGGCAGACCUAGAGCACUAUAA